AUGACCCCCAUCAUAGGAGCAAAGCGUGCCGCUCUAAUGGAAUACAAGCGGUCACCUUGCGAGAAAAAUCUACAGAUUCUUCGAGCUGCAAGGAACAAAGUCAAACACACUGCAAGACGCUGUGCCAACGAUUACUGGACCGAGCUCAGCGAAACCAUCCAGACUGCAGAGAUUACGGGGAACAUAAUAGGGAUGUAUGAAGGCAUCAAAACAGCAAUGCGUCCAACUAAGAACAAGACAGCUCCCCUGAAAUCCACCACAGGGGAAGUCAUCACAGACAAAAGACAACAGAUGGAGAGAUGGGUGGAAGACUACUCUGAACUCUAUUCCCAACAUAAUGUAGUAACAACUUCAGCCCUUCACGCCAUAAAAUGCCUACCUGUCAUGGGAGAGCUUGAUAGCGAACCUCCUAUUGACGAACUCAGCAAGGCUAUCAACAGUUUGGCCUCAAGGAAAGCUCCAGGCAGUGACGGGAUCCCCCCUGACCUGAUAAAACACUGCAAGACUACACUAUUACAGCCUGUACAUGAGGUCCUGUGUGAGCCCUGGAGAGAAGGGGCUGUACCACAAUACAUGAGAGAUGCUAAGAUCGUCACCCUCUACAAAAACAAGGGACAACGCAAUGACUGCAUCAACUAG